AUGCCAUAUUUCUUCAAUUUGUCUGAUUCAGAAAGCAUGGGAGUUACUGCCCGCAACACAGCACCCGAUGCCGUCGACGGUACUUCCUAUCUUCUGGAUAACGGGACAAACCUAAUGCUUGACCAGCAUACGGCGCCCGUCGAAAACGCGGAUGGCAAUAAGUUGUCAUCUUUCCUAUCUCCCCACAUAGAGGGUUGCGCUGAUGCAGCCCAACAUCAGGGCUUAUUUUCCGACAAUGCUCGGCCAUGGUUCGAGUUGGGUGAGGAUUCCAACACCCAUCAUCCAUCAACAUCUUUGUCCACAGAAAGAGAGGAGAAAAAAAGGUGUACAAGUGAAUCUAUCAACGAUGGACGCGAAGAACUCCGCUCCAGGCUCACAAACGAGCUUGUAGAGCGACAAGACGUCAACGAAGCCCAAAGGAAUGAUGGAGGAUACGGCGGGCGGAGAGAGAUAGGGCCCAGCCAAACAAUUGGAAGGUAUGGGGUGAAAGCGCGCCUCGAAUCGAAGAGACGACGCGAUGAGUUGGACUCAGAAGGCUAUCGCCGAUACAAGAAGCCCAGGACGACAGAGUCCCCAGAUUCCGCGUGUGGUCUCGGACAACAGAGGAUUGGGAGCCCCGAAGUAUCCAAAAGAAAGGGUCUAUGGGAUGCAAAAAUUCAAAGGCAGCUCAGUGACGGGGUAUCGGUGGAACCAAUCGUCUACGAUAGUCUGUAG